UUUUAUUGAUUGAUUUAUUUUUAUUUUUAUUUUGAAUUUUGGCAGCUUUGGUCCUCCAUACUACAAAGCCAUCCGACCACUCGUCACUCCACAGUGUCCACAUCGACUUGCAUCAGCAUAGUCAUUCCGGAGCCCAGAAAAAAAAAAACUAAAUAACAAACGAUACGAAAUAAUUUGAAAUCAACUCCACAGACUAAUUGACCCCCUCCCAACUCAAAGAUGAAGUCUAAUGUCAAAUAUCCUGAACUUCGAGCAAUGGCCGCCUCUUGGUAGGCGUGGCCAAGCCAACUUCCGGAAGUGACAUGGCCGCCUCCUUACGUGAAGCCCUUUCUCCUGUCUCUGCUUAGUCUUUGGUGUUUGCUUUCUGCGUCUUUUCCUUUCGCAACAGUCACCGUUUUUCACCGAGCCGCCGUCGCGUGGAUCCCAGCAUGGGCACCGUCCACGCCAGGAGCCUGGACCCUCUGCCCAUGCAGGGUCCUGAGCUGGGAGUUCAUGCCGAUGACAUCGAGCCUCCUGAUAUUGAGCAGGAGCCCAAACAGGAAAUUCUAGAAAACAAGGAUGUGGUAGUCCAGCGUGUGCACAUAGACGGGCUUGGAAGGACCAAGGAAGACCUGCUUUCUUAUGAGAUCUCAGAUGUUUUCCGUGCAAAGAAUUUAAUUGACGUGAUGAAAAGAUCCCAUGAAGCCAGGCAGAAGCUACUCCGUCUUGGAAUCUUCCGAAAAGUGGAAGUUGUUAUUGACACCUCUAGAGGUGAUGAUGCUCUUCCCAAUGGCCUCGAUGUGACAUUCGAGGUCACCGAACUGAGGCGGAUGACUGGCAGUUACAACACAAUGGUCGGGAACAAUGAAGGAAGUAUGGUGCUAGGUAUGAAGUUGCCCAAUGUAUUUGGCCGAGCUGAAAAGCUCACUUUUCAGUUUUCGUAUGGCACCAAAGAGACUUCCUACGGUCUUUCGUUUUUCAAACCUCAAGUGGGAAACUUUGAACGCAACAUCACGCUCAACGCCUACAAAGUAACCGGUCAGUUUCCUUGGAGUUCGCUGAGGGAGACAGAUCGGGGCAUCUCUGCUGAGCUGAACUUUCCGGUGUGGAAGACUAACCAAACUCUGAAGUGGGAAGGGGUCUGGAGAGAUUUGGGAUGCCUUGCUCGCACUGCUUCCUUUGCUGUCCGGGAAGAGAGUGGACAUUCCCUCAAGUCGUCACUUGCGCAUGCUAUGGUGAUCGACACCAGAAACUCUUCUAUCUUGCCAAGAAAAGGUGGCCUGUUGAAAAUACACCAGGAGCUUGCCGGUUAUACUGGUGGAGAUGCCAGUUUUCUGAAGGAGGACUUUGAGAUCCAGCUCAAUAAAAGCCUUUUCUGGGACUCUGUUCUGUCUGCUUCCUUGUGGGGUGGUUUGCUGCUGCCUAUUGGUGACAAGCCGACAAGCAUAGCAGAUAGAUUCUAUCUGGGUGGCCCUACCAGUAUUCGAGGUUUUAGCAUGUACAGCAUGGGUCCACAAAGUGAAGGUGAUUAUCUUGGAGGAGAGGCCUACUGGGCGGGAGGCCUUCACCUGUAUACUCCGCUGCCCUUCCGACCAGGCAGGGGGGGUUUCGGCGACCUUUUCCGAACACAUUUCUUCCUCAACGCUGGGAACCUUUGUAACCUAAACUAUGGGGAGGGCCCUCAAGCACACUUGAAGAAACUGGCAGAGUGCAUCCGAUGGUCAUAUGGACUUGGCAUAGUGUUGCGUUUGGGAAACAUUGCCAGACUGGAGUUGAACUACUGCAUUCCCAUGGGAGUACAGAGUGGAGACAGGAUAUGUGAUGGAGUUCAGUUUGGAGCAGGCAUACGCUUCCUCUGAAGCCAAGUCUCAAGUCUUUUCAACAGGAGCGGCACAACUAGGUUGUUGAAAGGGAAGAUGCUUGUAGUGGAUGUUUGUUUGCAACUCAUCACUUCAAUAAUAAACGUGUUUGCACUGAAAUACUGUUGC